AUGCCCCCUCUUCUCCCUUCCGCCAACCCUUUACCGCGGUUGAUCACGUAUUACCAAACCCAUCAUGACUCCUCGGGAAAUCUCAUCUCUCCUCUCUCUCUCAUCACACAACCUGGUAUCGCCAUAACCCACGUCAUUGUUGCCGCUAUUCACAUCAACGAUGAUCCGCAAAAGAUUACACUCAAUGAUUACCACCCAUCUCACCCCAUUUUCCAGACUAUGUGGGCUGAGCUACGCGUGCUACAAGCCUCAGGUGUGAAGGUAAUGGGCAUGCUAGGUGGUGCUUGCAAGGGCAGCUAUGCACGACUGGAUGCUGACCAAGAGACGUUUGAUCGGUACUACGGCCCCGUGAAAGACAUGAUUCGAGAGCGCGGUCUGGACGGCCUGGAUCUGGACGUUGAAGAGGAAAUGACUCUGGGAGGAAUUGUGCGGCUGAUAGACCGUCUACGCAGCGAUUUUGGGCCUACUUUCAUCAUCACCCUGGCACCAGUCGCCAUGUCUCUUCUUGACUUCACCAAGAAUCUCAGCGGUUUUGACUACGAGGCUCUCGAAGUGAUGCGCGGCCGUGAUAUCGCCUGGUACAACACACAAUUCUACUGCGGCUGGGGAGAUUGUAGUAACCCCCUUAUGUACGAUCUCAUGGUCCGCAAGGGCUGGCCACCCGAGAAGAUCGUUAUCGGACUUGUCACCAAUCCUGAGAAUGGAAGCGGCUAUGUGCCGAUGAACCCUCUCAAUAUGGUGCUCACGACGCUGCGGGGCCGAUAUGGAGCGUUUGGAGGAAUCAUGGGCUGGGAAUACUUCAACAGUUUGCCUGGAGGAAAAGAACGACCAUGGGAGUGGGCCAGGGAGAUGACCAAGUUGUUGAGAGGGCAUUUGUUGUCGGCACCUGCACAGGCUACACGACCAGUACAACCGGUGGCGGUAGAAAGUGGCCCAAAAGCAAAGAACGAAGACGUUGACCCAGAUGGACCUGGUGGACAAGAUGCACCAGUGCCAAAACAGUUUGACUACUACUCGGAUGGGCUUGAUGAUUAG